AUGCAGAGCAAGAAAGUCAUCCAACUGAUUAUCUUUCCUCACCGGCCCAUCCACGCCGAUAAAGAGCUGGAUGCCGAUAUCGAUGGGCCACUUCAACUUCUCUUGAGCGCAAAAGGCCUCCUUGCCGCCUACCGAGGCCGCAAAUUUGAAGAACGAUUCACGAGAGUCUAUCUCCUUGUUUGGGACAGUCUCGCUUCCAGCCAUGGAUUUUUCACGUCAGCCGCGUAUGACAAAUUCAACACGCACAUCCAGCCCGCGCUGAAGGGUCGCAAGAUCACCUGGACGCAGCAUGCGGAGAUUAACGCCUCCCCGCUGAGUGACACUCAACACUUUGAUAGUAUCCUGUCUUCGCCUGCCAUUGAAGUCGCGUGGACGAAAGUGGUCGAGGGGAAGGUUUCCGGUUACUACGAACAGUUUGAUAAGGUCGUCCGGCCCAUCCUGAACAAUGAACCUGGAUGCGAUGGCUUUUUUAUUAGCCCCCACUUGGAGAACCCGCAGAAUCAGAUCCUGCUGAUUAACUGGAAGAGUGUUGACGCUCACCACGUCGACUUCGAGAACAAGGAUACUUUCAAGCAGUGCAUUGAUGCACUUUAUGACUAUUACGGCGAAUUUGUGGUUCCGUGGCAUAUUGUCGAGCUGAAGAAGAUCUUCGGAUAA